CAGGCGAUCAGCAGCGAGAUGGAGUCUCCCCGACGGCAGUGCGAUUGCUUUCCGCAUCCAAUUGUAACAAGGCUAUCCUGCUAAAACCAGCGAAUCGUGCCUGAUGAAAAACACAUGGACACCACCGCGUUUCUACUCCGAAAGUAGUAAAAAAGUACAUUACGGCAUAGAUAGUCUACUAUCGAGUAAUUGAACUUGGAUAUUAGGAACGGGCUGAUUGCAGAUCCGCCGAGGGCAGCUUCGGAACAGACUCGGUGCUACUCCAAACUGCAACCGAUAUAGCGUUGCCUAGGUAACGCACACGGAAACUAAGGAACAGAGCUCUGGGCUGUACAAGUGAUACCCACAAAACAUCUGCCAGCGCUUCCUCUGCCGGUGAUUCCACGACUUCUCAGAACUUCUCCCACAGUUUUCCAGUGGAUGCUAUAAAAGAAAGCAACGACUUCAGCCAUACGACUUUGAUAAACAGCGAAACGCUUUAUGUGAUGCUGAUGUGGCGGUUCUCAUUGAAAUAUGACGGAGAAUACAUUGCGGGCGUUUGUACUGAAGCAGUUACUUAGAUCACUGCUUUCAACCGGUGCGUUGCAUUUGGUUCUCGUAACCCUAUUUGCAUUGAGUUUAAUCUGUGAUGUAUCAUACUGCAAAAAAAGCCGACGAAGAUGGAAGAGCGGGAGGCUCGAUGUUCUGACGCCAGUAAUAGCUGCAAACACAGCUUGUGCAACAUUCCCCGAACUAUCCCGUCCACAGACACAGCUCUGCGAGAAAUUUCCGGAUGUGACGCACUCCGCUAUUGACGGAGUACAGAUGGCUAUCACUGAAUGCCAAUAUCAAUUCCAAAAGCACCGGUGGAACUGUUCUUCCUUGGACACAAAGAGCAGGACAUCGUUUAAUAACCCUAUUCUGAUGAAAGGAUUCAGAGAAACGGCAUUUGCUAAUGCCAUAUCAUCUGCUGGCGUAGUAUACCACGUGGCGCGAAGUUGUAGCCUCGGCAACCUGUUAUCCUGCUCCUGCCAGACGGACAUGGGCAAGCCUAGAAAGAAAGAGGUGCGACAGAUAACACAAGAUUCGCCAAAUCAGCAGUGGAUCUGGGCUGGGUGUCAUGACAACGCAGCUUUCGCGUCAGCGUUUGCCAGAGAGUUUCUUGAUUCGAAGAAGUCUCGAGCGAGCGAUCUGCAGUCUAAUGUCAACACGCAUAACAAGAAAGCCGGGAGAUUGGCCGUCUCGAAGAGCAUGGAGAUCAAAUGCAAGUGUCACGGCAUGUCGGGCAGCUGUGAACUGAAGACGUGUUGGCGCGCUGUGCCCGUGCUGCACACGGUCGGCGAGCAGCUACGGGACCGCUACCAGUACGCGACGCGCGUGCAGUACAGCAACAAGCACCCGGGCAGGAUGGUCACCAUGUACUCGGACCGCGAGAAGCCGCCGCGCCGCAACCUCGUCUACUACGACGCCAGUCCGAACUACUGCGACGCCGACGAGCACCUGCACGUCGUCGGCACCGCCGAGCGCGUCUGCAACAAGUCGAGCACGGACAUGGACUGGUGCGGCACGCUGUGCUGCGGCCGCGGCUACAACACGGUACUCGUCACGAAGACGGAUCGAUGCAACUGCCGCUUCCACUGGUGCUGCUACGUCGUCUGCGAAACGUGCACGCGCAAAGAAUGGGUGACCGUCUGUAAAUAGAUGUGCACGGCAGAAGUUAGUUGUGGGUCUAUAGAGCUGUAGCGUCGUGAGCGUAGCGGUGCUCUAUCUUUCAAAUCAUUAUCGUACUUGUACAGACUAAAUAUGAUUUUCCGUCUUGAUUUCGUUGCCUGUAGCAUUAGCUGUGAAACAGCGUUACUGUUAUCGGUCGUGUUCUUAUAUUAGUUCAAAAAAAUAUUUUUCAUGCUGGUACAGAGAAGGUUGUAUGGAUCAGAGAUGAGAGGGAACUAAUGAGAAUAAGACUGUGGGAUGCGUCUAUCAUUAAUCAUACGCACAGCAGCUGUGUUUGACAUCGUAAAAUUAAACUGAGACUUACGUUCAUAAAACAUAAUUUUAUAUGCUUGAAAGUCACCCCUAUCGUUAUAAAAGACUUAUAAGGGUUGAAUUAAUAAUUAUAUGUAAAUAUAUAAUUAUAUGUAA